CAAAGAUGAAUGAUGUCAUGUCAUUGAUCAUUGAUGUCAUUUCACUGAUUCUCUGAUUUGUAGGUUAGGAAGUUGUAAACAUUGAACAAAAAGCGGAUUUAUGUACUCUAAACUCAAUUUAAACUGUGAAGAUGUUAGCAUUACGUGACAUUUGUUAUAAAUUAGAAGAAUACAAGACUAGUGUGGCUACAGCGUUGCCUGAAAUUGAAGACUUAGAUCCAGCUACUAAAUCAUUAUUGCACAGGUAUAUCAACAGUACUGAGUCAACAGAUCCGUCUUCUACGAUAAGAAUCCAAGCUAUCCUAGAUUAUAUGUACGAAAAAAUUAACAUCGGCAACUGGAAAGAAGUGAAAUUGUUUAUCAGGAAAGCAAUAACUAUUGCCACAUAUUUAAAAUUAUUAGCUCAUGUAAGAUUUUCCGAUGAAGAUACCGACACAAUGAUAAAGCAGGCGUAUAAAAUUAUAGACUUUGGAAUCCUGUUUGGUUGUCCUUUAGACAAAGAACCUCGACUUUUACAAAACUGUGCAACCAUUUUAAAUACUGUAAAUAUUCAAAAGAAUAUUAUUUUGAAGGACACAACAAGCAAAGAAAAACAAAAUGCAACUAGUGAUACAUCAAAAGAAGCUGGUGCAUUCAAUGCUAUUCAAAUAGAGACUAUUGACUGUCCAAGUAUGGAACACUUCUACAAAAACUACAUUUUAGAAGAAAAACCUGUUAUAUUAGAGAACUGUAUAAAUCACUGGCCAGCAUUAGAAAAAUGGAAAGACCAGAACUAUUUUAUUAAGCUUGCUGGUCCUAGAACAGUGUCUAUAGAAAUUGGAAGCAAGUACACAGACAAUGAUUGGACACAAAGACUGAUUACAAUAGAGGAGUUUGUCAAACAAUACAUUUACCAGACUGAAGGGCCCACUGGUUACCUCGCCCAGUACCAAUUAUUUGACCAAAUCCCAGAACUGAAAAAUGAUAUAACUGAGCCUGAAUAUUGCUGUUUCUCUGACACUAAUGAGCCUGUAGAUGUUAUGGCAUGGUAUGGGCCCAAAGGAACGGUUUCCCCACUUCAUCAUGAUCCAAAGAAAAACUUACUUACACAAGUUGUGGGGGAAAAGCAGUUGUUCUUAUUUGCACCUUCAGAUUCAGAGUACCUUUACCCACAUGAACAUGAGCUGCUGAAUAAUACAGCACAAGUGGAUCCCAGGCAGCCAGACUUAGAUAAAUAUCCUAAGUAUAAAAGUAGCAAGCCUUACUACUGCAGACUAAAACCUGGUCAAAUGCUCUAUAUUCCUCCAAAAUGGUGGCAUUUUGUUGAGUCAUUAUCCAUUAGCUUCUCGGUAAGCUUUUGGUGGGAAUAAGUGUCAAUGUAUUAUUUAUAUGUGGUGCUAAUUUGGCGUCAAUGCCAGAAUACUUUGAAUACAAUCACACAAGAAAUAUGCUAAAAGAUUGUUGACCUCUAUUAGCAUUUCUUACCUGCCAAUAUUUAGUCAUUUUGUUUUAUUUUUAGUCACCUUAGAAUAUGAUUAGUGUUUAGUAAAAAACUCGUGCAUUUUUCUAGUGAGCAGCUAACAAAAAUAGUCUAGUUUACAUAGGUACUUAGCAAUAACAGAAUAAAAUGAGAAGUUUUUUAAAAACUUUAAUAAAUAAUUACAAAGUGUA